AUGGCACAGUGGUCGAUAGGUGUUGCCGUAGUCGCGGAGCCCUACUUUGUUCCUCCCCGUCCAAACUGGAUGGGUGACCGGGACGGCUCCGUGGCAGUCGUCGGCUCCACGGCGGCUCAUUCCCCGCCCUUGUCGCUAAGAGACAAGGGUACUGGAUAUGUUGCCGCCGAUUGGGGGGGAAUCACCAUUUAUGGUGUAUAUUUCUCCCCCAACCGGAGUUUGAACGACUUCGAGGUCUUCCUUAACAACUUGGAGGCCUCGAUGCGGCGACUAGUGUCUGGGCACGUCCUCGUGCUGGGGGACUUCAACGCAAAGUCCAUUGCGUGGGGUUCCCCUGCGACGGACGCCAGGAGCGAAGCCGUCGAGGAGUGGGCGGCGUCGGUGGGCCUCUGUUUGCUGAACAGAGGCUCCACCAACACGUGCGUGCGACAGCAGGGGGGGUCGAUAGUGGACCUUUCGUUCGCUACCCCUGCAGUUGCCGCACGAGUAAGGAACUGGUGUGUCCUGGAAGAGGUCGAGACGCUCUCGGAUCAUUUGUACAUCCGAUUCGAGCUCUCCCGGUCCCAGGACCCCAGUAGGGGUCACGCGGCGCGGCGCCCUUCCCGCUUCCCGCGGUGGGCUGUCGCCAAGCUCGACAGGGACCUACUAGAGGAGGCGGCCAUUAUUCACUCUUGGCUGUCUCCGCAGGCCCCGACCGAGGAGGUCGACAUGGGGGCUGGUCGCUUCUGCCAUGCGAUUACGCAGAUUUGUGAUGCGGCCAUGCCCCGCGUUCGUGGUUGUCGGCCUCCAAGGAAGGAGGUCUACUGGUGGUCCCAGGAGUUGGCGGACCUCCGUGCGGCCUGUGUACGUGCCCGGAGGUCCCUCACCCGUAGUCGGCGACGUCACCGCGGGGUCGGUGAGGAGGUGGACCGGCUUCAUGAGGAGUACCGAGAAGCUCGGAAAACUCUGAGGCUGGCCAUCUGCCGCGCCAAGGAUGCGUGUAGAGAGGAGAUGCUGGAGAGUCUCGAGCGUGACCCCUGGGGUCGCCCUUAUCGUGCGGUGCGUCAAAAGCUCCGCACGUCGGGCCCCCCCCUUACGGAGACUCUCCAGCCCAGCUUCCUGCAGGAAGUGGUCGAGGGCCUAUUCCCGCAGCGGGCGGAGCACACGCCCCCGUCGAUGGCUGCAUCAGCCGGAGACGACGGAGGCAGCGAGGGUGAUGUUCCGCCCGUCAGGGAAUCGGAGUUGGGGGCGGCUGUUCUACGGAUUCGAUCCAAGAACACCGCCCCCGGGCCGGACGGGGUUCCAGCCCGAGUGAUGGCCCGAGCCCUCGACUACAUGUCGGACCACCUCAGGGGGGUGUUGGACGCUAGCCUGGCGUCCGGACGCUUCCCUGAGCGCUGGAAAUGCGGGAAGCUGGUCCUGCUGCAGAAGCCGGGACGGCCUGCCGAUUCGGUCGCGGCCUAUAGGCCUAUCGUGUUGCUGGACGAGGCGGGCAAACUUUUUGAGAGGGUGCUCUCUGCCCGCAUCGUCCGGCACCUUUGCGAGGUUGGCCCCGAUCUGUCGGACGCCCAAUUCGGUUUCCGAGAGGGGCGUUCGACGAUCGAUGCCGUAAUGCGCCUUAGGGCCGUGACCGAGGAGGCCGUGAGCUGCGGCGGAGUGGUGUUGGCGGUGUCCUUGGACAUCGCCAACGCCUUCAAUAGUCUGCCAUUCAGCUGCAUCAGGGAAGCGCUCCGCUACCACGGAGUGCCGGAGUACCUGAGGCGGCUGGUGGCAGACUAUCUUGAGGAGCGAACGGUCAUGUACGAGGACCGAGAUGGCGUCUUGAGACGCAGGGCCAUGUCGUGUGGUGUUCCGCAGGGGUCUGUCCUAGGACCUCUCCUGUGGAACAUCGGGUACGACUGGGCCCUACGAGGGCGUCUCCCCCCCGGGCUGGGUGUAAUCUGCUACGCGGACGACACCUUACUCACGGCCCGGGGGGCUAACUUCCAGGAGGCGGCGCGCCUGGCCGCCACGGGAGUUUCCCUGGUGGUCGGGCGCAUUGAGGCGUUGGGUUUGCGGGUGGCCCUGGAUAAGACGGAGGCCCUAUUAUUUCAUGGGCCCCGUCGUGGUCCGCCCGCCGGCGCCUCAAUCGAGGUCGGCUCGGUCCUCGUACCGGUCCGGGCCCAGAUGAGGUACCUGGGUCUGGUCCUAGACGGUAGGUGGCUCUUCGACGAGCACUUCCGACAGCUUGGUCCGAAGCUGACCGCCCCGAAUAGGGCGCGCCUCUGGCGCCCCCAGAGGAUAUUGGCGGUCAGAGCCAUACGCGGAUACCGCACGGUGUCCACCGAGGCGGCUUGCGCCUUGGCCGGAACACCCCCGUGGGAUUUGGAGGCGGAAGUGCUCGCCGAAGUUUAUCGGCGAGUGGCUGACUUCCGGGCGGAGAGCGGAUUUCGCCCUCCGCCCGAAGACGUGCGCGAGUGGCGCGAAGCCGCUCGCCGAGCCACUAUGGUGAGAUGGUCGUUCCGGCUGGAGACUCCACGCGCUGGCUUCGCCGCCGUGGAGGCUCUCCAGCCGGUCAUCGCCGAGUGGGCAGGGCGGCAGCACGGGACCCUUUCCUUCCGGCUGACGCAGGUGCUUUCCGGGCACGGUUGCCUCGGAAAGUACCUGUACUUGGUCGCUAGGGGGGAAUCGAGUCCCGCCUGCCACCACUGCGACUGCGGUGAGGAUUCGGCCCAGCACACGCUGGCGGUUUGCCCCGCAUGGGCGACGCAGCGCCGGGCCCUCACUGCAGUCAUCGGAGCGAAUCUCUCGCUGCCGGCCGUAAUUCGCUCCAUGGCCGGUAGCGACAGUUGUUUUACCGCGGUCGCAACCUUCUGCGAGGAGGUAAUCUCGCAGAAGGAGGCGGCGGAGAAGGCCCGGGAGGACGACCUCCACUCGGACCUGAUCCGCCGCCGGCGAACCGGGCGGCGGAGGCGCGCUCACCUGCGCCUCAUGCCGCCCUGA